AUGGACGGUGCGACUUUCACCCCCCAGCAAAAGGCUGAACUUGUGAAUCGAGUCCGAUCGGAAGUCCAGCAACAGGCGCUACAGGAACUGACACAAAAUUUGCAAGAAAAGUGUUUUGAUAAAUGUAUUGCACGUCCAAAUGGAAAACUGGAUGGGAAGCAGCAGAAUUGUCUUGCAUUGUGUAUCAAUCGAUACAUUGAUACGAUGAAAGUGGUCUCGGAAGCAAUGGUACAACGUGGUCCACAGGGCUAA